GGGCUGUGUCGGGUUACAGGGGUGUGGCGCCACACUCAACCAUCAUUUCCUAAUUCAUCCUCAUCGCUGAAGAAGGAAGCGCAGCCAUGGCUCAGGGUCUCAAGGAGAGAUUUGACAAAUUCCUUCAUGAGAAGAACCUUAUGACUGAUAUUCUACAAAAAAUUGAAGCCAGAACUGGAGUAAACCGGACGUACAUCGCUGCCGGAGUCAUAGCUGUGAUCGCAGUUUACCUGGUCAUCGGUUACGGUGCCUCUCUGCUGUGUAACCUCAUCGGCUUCCUGUAUCCAGCCUACAUAUCGAUUAAGGCGAUCGAAAGUGCAACAAAAGAUGAUGAUACGAAGUGGCUGACCUACUGGGUGGUCUAUGGACUCUUCAGUGUGGCAGAGUUUUUUGCUGAUAUCUUCCUCUCCUGGUUCCCUUUCUACUACAUUGGAAAGUGUUCCUUCCUUGUGUGGUGCAUGGCUCCUACUCCUUCUAAUGGAUCAAUCAUGAUCUACCAACGGAUCAUUCGACCGCUGUUCCUUAAGAAUGAGGCCAAGAUUGACGAUGCAGUGAAAAACAUCAAGGACAAAGCAUCAGAGGCAGCCGACAAAUUUAGAGAUGAGGCAAAGAAAGCCACAGCAAACCUCAUCUUUGAGGAGAAGAAAAGCUCCUAAGAAGAAUGUCUCCAUGCUAUCUGAGUGUGAUGCCGAAACAAAAUGGGCUUUAAGUGUUAGAAAACAAACCCAAACCUACAUAAAAGUUUGCGCUUUAUGCUGGAUGUGUUUAUUUUUAAUAUAUGUACAACAUGCAUUGAUAAAGCUGUUUCGUAUGUCUGGUUGCCUUUAUUAUGAAUUCAUUAGUGUUUGCUUCAAGAACCAAAAAUAAAAUGAACUUAAAUC